UUCCAACCCUUUGGGCAGCCGACGGCAGGCCGGUUGGAGCAUCACUGGUGAAGUUGCUUGUGCCCUGAUCCACCGCCCCCGCCCGGGGCACAACACCCUUAUCUGGGUCCCCACACUCCCCUGGGUUGGCUGAUACCCUCAAUCUCCCUGGAGACAGCUGGUCCUACUGCAGGGAGGCUGGGUGGCAUCACUGCUCUGUGACCAGUCUCCCUUCUGCUCCCCAAAGAAGAACAGUCUCUUCCACCCGUGGGUGGUUAAGAUACUUUCCUUCUACCGUGAGCGUCUCUGGAUGGAUGGGACGAAGCAGCAACCUGCUGGUCACGGGCACCAGCUCAGACAGUAACUGAGGUCAUCUCUGGGAGGCUGUCACGCCUUCUUCUCCCCCUCCUCUGCUAUUUCUCUGUCUCUGCCAUUGGAGGUGUGUGUCUGUUCCUUUGGGAGGGGGCAAGCAGAACCCUGGCUGCCAGACAUGCAAGAGGGUUCCUUGCUCUUGUGUGCAAGUGCGGGUGUGUAUGUGUGUGACCAUGAGGCUGUCACUGGGUAUGUAGGAUGCCCCUGUGUCUGGCCGUGUGUGCACGUGGGUGCGUGAGUGUGCGCUGUGUGUCCUCACUGUUCUCCCAGCCCUGCCCCCCAAGCCAAGCAGAGAGGGUGACCUUGAAGAGGUCACAAGCAGCAGCAGCACCAUGGCCUCAGCUGCUUCCGUGACCAGCCUGGCAGAUGAGGUCAACUGCCCCGUCUGCCAAGGGACCCUCAGAGAACCGGUCACCAUCGACUGUGGCCACAACUUCUGCCGAGUCUGCCUCACCCGCUACCUGGAGAUCACCAGCCCGGACCCCGAGGAGCCCCCGACCUGCCCGCUCUGCAAGGAGCCUUUCCGUCCAGGGAACUUCCGGCCCAACUGGCAGCUGGCCAACGUGGUGGAGAACAUUGAGCGUCUCAAGCUGGUGACCCAGAUGGACUCAGACGAGGAGGACGUCUGCCCCGAGCACGGGGAGAAGGUCUACUUCUUCUGCGAGGACGAUGAGAUGCAGCUGUGCGUGGUGUGCCGGGAGGCCUGGGAGCACCGCGCCCACACCGUGCGCUUCCUGGAGGACGCAGCGGGGCCCUACCGGGAACAAAUACAGAAGUGUCUUGAGUGUCUAAGAAAAGAGAGAGAGGAGAUUCAAGAAAUUCAGUCAAGGGAAAAUCGAAGGAUACAAGUCCUCCUGACUCAGGUGGCCACCAAGAAACAAAAGGUGAUUUCUGAGUUUGCACAUCUGAGCCAAUUCCUGGAAGAGCAGCAGAGCAUCCUCCUAGCCCAGCUGGAGAAGCUGGAUGAGGACAUCCUGAAGCAUCGGGAUGAGUUUGAUGUCCUGGUCACUGGGGAGAUUGGCCGGUUCAACACCCUCAUUGAGGAACUGGAGGAGAAGAAGGAGAGGCCGGCGAGGGAGCUCCUGACGGAUAUCAGAAGCACUCUAAUCAGAUGUGAAACCAGAAGGUGCCGGAAACCAGUGGCUAUAUCUCCGGAGCUGGGCCAGAGGAUUCGGGACUUCCCCCAGCAAGCCUUCCCGCUGCGGAGGGAGAUGAAGCUGUUUCUGGAAAAACUCAGCUUUGAGUUGGAUUAUGAGCCAGCGCACAUCUCUCUAGACCCCCGGACUUCCCACCCCAAGCUCCUGCUGUCCGAGGACUACCAGCAGGCUCGUUUCUCCUACAAGUGGCAGAAGUCACCGGACAACCCCCAGCGUUUUGACCGGGCCACCUGUGUCCUGGCCCACGGUGGCUUCACAGGGGGCAGACACACGUGGGUGGUCAGUGUGGACUUGGCUCACGGGGGCAGCUGCACCCUGGGCGUGGUCAGUAGGGACAUCCGCCGGAAGGGGGAGCUGCGGAUGCGGCCAGAGGAGGGGGUGUGGGCGGUGAGGCUGGCAUGGGGCUUCGUCUCAGCCCUGAGCUCUUUCCCCACCCGCCUGACCUUGGAGGAGCAGCCCCAGCAGGUGCGGGUGUCCAUUGACUACGAGGUGGGCUGGGUGACCUUUGCCAACGCCGUCACCCAGGAACCCAUUUACACCUUCACUGCCUCCUUCACCCAGAAGGUCUUUCCCUUCUUUGGGCUCUGGGGCCGAGGGUCCAAGUUCUCCCUGAGUUCCCAAGAGGGUGCAGAUACCCUGUCCUAAGCACAGGGCUCAAAGAGAGGACCUAAGGACUUGACCCUGGCUGGGUCACCUGAGAUUUGAAAUGACUGCUUUAGAUGAUGUGAUAGAGUUGGGACUUUGGAGAGGGACAAGGUGGGAUGACCUUCAGUCUGCUGAUCAAGCCCUUUCCUCAACGCUGGGUGGAUGGGACUCAGACCACUGCCAGCCCUCCUCACCACCAUCCCCACCAGGCACAGAAGUACUGUGUAAGAGGCAGGAAUACUGGAUUUGAGGGAGGAAGGCUUGGAUUCUAGACCCAGCCUGGUAAUCAACUUAUUAUAUGAUCUUAAACUAGGCAUCUCACCUCUCUUCAUCUUGUUUUCUCCCCUAAAAUAUUAGAGUUCAUCUACUCAUAUCCUUAGGAAAUAUUUGUUGUGUGCUAAUUAUGAGCCAAGCAGUAUGGUAGCCACUGGUGACAUGAAAAGGAAAAGAAACAAAUAAACAAUAAAAUCCCCACAAAACUUGUCCUGUAUCUGAAGGAGGUCAUGAGAAGAGACAGAGACAUAAGGAGGAAAGGAGAGCACAGUGUUGUGAUACAAGUCUGAUCUGGGCACUAGGACAGCCCAGAGGAGGGGUAUAACCCAUUAGGAGGCAGGAGGUGAGUUGGGGAUGGCUUUCUAGAAAGGGGAAGUCUAAAAGAUGGGUAUAGUGGGACUUCCCUGGCAGUCCAGUGGUUAAGACUCCAUGCUUCCAAUGCAGGGGAUGUGGGUUCGAUCCCUGGUCAGCAGACUAAGAACCCACAUGCCUCAGGGUAUGGACAAAAAUAAAGAAAUAAAACCAAAAGAUGAUUAUAGUCAAUGAGGAAAAAAGGGGAAAAAGCAUCUUAGGGAGAAGGGGCGGCAGCAAAGUGGAUGGAUGAUCUGUGACCCAUGGGACACUGGGUCAUUUGCAUUGUCCUCAUGAGCUGAUUGCGUGUGACACCCACCCCUGACACCACUCAAUGCCUUCUUCUGGCUGAGAUGAAAAUGCAGGGCCUUGGUGGGAAGGGGUCAGGGAAGUUGUGGACAUAAGCCACAACCCGAGGUCCACACUCAUCCCCUGGAAAAUCAGGAAAAUCCUCUUCCUGAUCUGUUGAUCACCAUCUGACAUUGAGAAAUGAGACGAAAGGAAUAAGAUGGUGAACAGGAAUAAGUCCCAAAUAGCUCAGCUGUGGGGGCAGAGAUAGCACCAUCAUAAACUUUGUACUGGGGAAGGAAUCUCAGACAGAGGCAGGGAGUGAAUUGCCCAGAUGGAGUUACAGAGGGGGACCCGUGACUUGUAGCCCAAAGCACUGGGACUGCUCCAAGGCUGGAUAAGAAGUGUCAUCUGAGGGACUGGGCAGAAGGGAGAGAAUCAGGACUUUGUAAAGAUGUGUGGAUUUGGGUAGAGACCUUGUAGGGGAGCAGGUUGUAUUGGCAGAAGCUGUGGCCGCACGUGGUGUGAAGAAGCUGAGUGUUCAUGACUCCAGAAGCCACCCUGCCUGGUGCUGGUUCAGGGACAAGAACUAACAUGUGGCUACCUUGAGUUUGUAAGAUGAUUUCUGUCAUUUCAAGGAAGUUUAAAUCCUAUGUACAACAAAAGCAUUGUCUUAUAUUUUAUUUUUAGUUCUUGGUGGUGGUGUCACUUAUUCUGCUUGAAUGUAUCCUUCACUUUAAUACUGUCUCUGUUGAAUCUGCUUAGACAUAAAGUAAAACGUUCUAUCAUCUCCCCACUGGGGCCUCUGGGAGGAGUGAACCAUCCAGGUGCAAACUCUAAGGGGAGAUGAGCACAGUGUAUUGAGGCCCAGGCUCAGAAGCCACCCCAAAAGUUCUGUUAUUUACCCUCUUCUUUUUUUCCUCUUUUGACCAAAAGGAUUAUAGGAUCUUGGUUAUCCAACCAGGGAUUGAACCCAUGCCCACGGCAGUGAAAGCUGGCAUCCUAACCACAGGACUGCCAGGGAAUUCCCUGUUGUUUAUCCUCAGUUUAGUGGUGGUUUAGUCGCUAAGUUGUGUUCUACUCUUGACACCCCAUGGGCUGUAGUCUGCCAGGCUCCUCUGUCCCUGGGAUUCUCCAGGCAAGAUUACUGGAGUGGGUUGCCAUUCCUUCUCCAGGGGAUCUUCCUGACCCAGGAAUUGAACCCAGGUCUCCUGCAUUGCAGACAGAUUCUUUAUGGGCUUAGCUAUGAGGGAAGCCCUCAGUUUAGCAAGUAGAAAACAUGGGGAGAUCAGGAGCGAGGAACUGGAAAAUGAAGGUACAAUUGGUUUUUCUGGGAGUGUUCAGUAUUGCAUGUAAAAUGUGUAGUCAAAAAAAAAAAAGGCACAUUCAAGUCCUUAUAUAAUGGUAAAACAUACCACAAGUACCCAGACCUGAGAUUCCACCAAAAAGUGGAUUGUCUUUUUCUGUUUAUUUUUCACUGGCUUUAGUUGUGUUUUUAAAAAUGACUAUUAGCCUCUGGGUAAAUGUAUGAAGAUCCCAUUGUAAACAAACAAGAUAGCAUUGUAAAGCAAUUAUCCUCCAAUUAAAAUUAUAUAUAUACAUUAGAACUUAAAGAGAGAUUCUGGCCUGUUGAAAGACUUUGCAUAUAUUAUGUCACUUAAUCUUAGUAACCCUGCCAGGUAGCUCCUAUUAUUAUCUACCUUUUAAAGUUAAAAAAGCUGAGGCCUGGUGAAUUUUGUGUACUUGCUCAGCCAAAAUCAUGCACCUGGGAUUUUGAUUUAUGUCAGAC